AUGGGGCGAAAGAAGCAGCGGCGUUGGGUGCCCUCGGUGCUGUGGCUCCUGGGACUGGCGCUGGCCGCGCUGGCCGCGCUCUGCGUCGGAGGCGGCUCAAAGCGAGAAGCGGGCGCAGCCGUCAGAGCCUUCGCCGAAGCAAACAGUGCCUUCGCCUCUCUCGGCUUUGGGGGCCGGCGCCCCCGGGGAGUGGGAGUCCGCUUCAACGACGGCGACAAGGACGGGAAGAGGAAUUUGGCCAAGCGGCUGGGGCUAAGACAGUCUCGCUUUUCAGGGGAACAAGGCGGCGAGGCAGAGAUGGCAGAGGCAGGCCCAGAUUCCCACUCCUGCGAGGAAGUUCGACCGUGGAAUUCUCCUGGACUUCUUCAGCUCGAGGCCGGCCGAGAUCGCCUGGCGCUGGUCGGAGAGACUCGGCUGAAGCUGAUCUUGGGUGAGCUCUGGCCGGCCUGGAAUUUGUGGCAUUCGGAGGAGUCGUUGCCAGCUGGCGAACGAACACGUGGCGCCGUUCUGCGGGCCGCCUUGUCGAAGCUGGGCCCCAUCUUCGUCAAGAUUGGCCAGCCUCUUGCCGUUCCCCCCAUCUUUCGCGAUGCGCAGUUGGCGCAGUUGCAGAAUAUAUUGCAAGCACACGGUGACGAAGCCUGCGAAGAGCUGAAGCUGCUGCAGCAGGAGAACGAGCCCUUCAGUACAGACAUGGCUUUCGCCAUGAUCUUGGAGGAUUUGGGGCACAAAGGGCCCCUGUCACCUGGUGGAUACACGAGCAAAGACGGGGAUCCCACAGCGGCACCGCUGCUGGCUGAGAUCUCCCCGGAGCCGGUGGCUGCAGCUUCACUUGGCCAAGUCUACUAUGCCAAGACACUGGAUGGUCGUGAGGUUGCCAUCAAAGUACAGCGGCCAGGAAGCUUGCGCCAGGUCGCCCUGGAUUGGACGUGUUGGGCUUUGGGUUUGAUGGUGAUGGACUUCUACUGGGGCGGUCAAGGCGACGAGUAUCCCAAGAUUGCGGACGAAGUUGCGCAAGGUGUCUUCAAAGAGUUGGACUAUCACAACGAAGCCCGAAAUGCCGCGAUCUUCCUGAAGAAACACAAAUUCCUGCCUUUCGUCACUGCUCCAGAAUGGGUGCCCGAGCUCACCGGGCCCGAGGGGACAGCCAGGGUCCUGACACUCUCUUGGAUCCACGGACGCAAGCUGCAAGAGAUCGAAUCAAAGGAGGAGAGAAUGCAGAUGGUGGACAUGGCAGUGGAGGCUUGUGUCUCGUCUUUGGUCUUCACCGGUUUCGUCCACGCAGAUCCGCAUGCCGGCAACAUGCUGCUGACGGAGGACGGUCGUCUGGCUUUCCUGGAUUUCGGCCUCAUGGGAACGGUGGAGCCCCGCAUCAUGGAGGGCUUCGCGGCGGGGAUCCAGCACCUCCUGGCGGAGCGCUGGCUGCCACUGGCGAAAGUCAUGCAAGACGUGGGCUUCAUGGCCGUGGGCAAGGAAGGCGGUUUCAAGAAGGUCGUCGAUCCUUCUGCCCGGGUCUUCGAGUACACGAGUUGCCCCGACGAGGAGUUUGCGGCGGCGCUCGAAGCGCAGAUGAAAGCGGAGGAAGGCGGCCUCAGCCGCUUCGGCGCUCUCGCAGGAGCCCUCACAAAGCUUUCAGACAGAUAUCACAUGACCAUGCCAGGCUACAUCAUCCUCUUUAUCCGCACAUUUUUGACUUUGGAAGGGAUCGCCGGGGUGGUGAAGCCAGACUUCAAUAUCUAUGAAGCAUCCCUGCCAUACGCACUACAGCGGGCGCUUUCACCGAAGACGGAGGCAGGUAGGUGGCUGUGA